CCAAGUUCGAGGCUAUGGCGGUUCAUGGGUCUUGAUUUUGUUGAACAACAAAAAGAGAAAAAUGGCGUGUUAUGCUCUCAUCGUCUCAUCCUUUCUAAGAUCGUAAUUUCUACUUCCAAAAAGCUUUCCAUUUUCCAAAUCCAUCACAACCCACAAAUGGCAGAUCGUUUCUUCCCAAAUGAAUUGCCGGAAUUCAUCAAAGAAGAUGACCCACCGCCACCUGAAACCACCACAAACACCCUUUUAAAGACCCUUUCUCUUCCACACAACACAUUCUCCGACAAACUCAAACGAACAGCUUUCGUCCUCAAAGAAACUAUUGUAACAGAGACAUGGGGAAACAUCGGGAAACGUCUGAAGGAUUAUACACUGUAUACAGGCGCCUUAGGGACGGCUUUCUUGGUUUUCAAAGCUUAUCAAGUUAGCCAUAAUAAGAAAGAUCUUAAAUUGUGUAAAGAUAUUCUUAAAGCUUGUGAUUCUGCUUCGCAUGGCUCCAGUUGCAUGACCUUCAUGUGUGGGCAGGCUGGUGUAUACGCUCUUGGGGCUGUUGUGGCUAAACAAGCGAACGAUGAUUAUUUGUGUGAUCACUAUUUGACCAGAUUUAGAGAGAUUAAACUUCCUGUUGAUCUUCCUGAUGAACUAUUGUACGGUAGAGCAGGUUACUUAUGGGCAUGUCUGUUCUUAAACAAGAAUCUUGGUGAAAACACAAUUUCUUCUACCCAAAUGAGAACUGUUGUAGAUGAAAUUAUAAAGAAUGGUAGAAAUUUAUGCACAGGGGAAUCCCCAUUGAUGUAUGAGUGGCAUGGGAAAAGGUAUUGGGGGGCUGCCCAUGGACUUGCUGGGAUAAUGAAUGUAUUGAUGGAUAUGAUACUUACCGAAGAUGAGUUGGAGGAUGUGAAGGGUACACUUUUAUACAUGAUCAAGAAUCGAUAUUCGAGUGGAAAUUAUCCGUCAAGUGAAGGAAGCCAAUCGGACUGUCUAGUGCAUUGGUGCCAUGGUGCUCCUGGUGUCGCUCUUACCCUUGCAAAAGCAGCCAAGGUUUUCGGAGGUGAGGAAUUUCACAAGGCAGCUCUGGAUGCAGGGGAGGUGGUAUGGGAACGAGGGUUACUUAAACGAGUUGGAAUCUGUCAUGGAAUCAGUGGGAACACAUACGUUUUUCUUUCGCUCUAUCGCUUAACAGGUGACGUGAAAUUUUUGUAUAGAGCCAAAGCUUUUGCGGGCUUCCUCCAUGAUAAAGGUCAGACGCUUAUAUCAGAAGGAGCAAUCCAUGGAGGUGACCACCAUUUUUCCCUAUUUGAAGGCAUUGGAGGAAUGGCUUAUCUUUUUCUAGACAUGGUUGAUCCAUCCGAGGCUAGGGAGUGGGGGCAGAGUCUAUUAUUCAUUGUAGGGAGUGGUGGCGGAGUCUUGGUGGCUUUUUGCUACCUGCGGAGUGCUGACUGCCUCUUACUGGGUAAGAGGUGCUCACUUGGGCACACUUGGAAUACACAUAUAUGGUUCGAGUGUUUACCUGAGCAAGUCUUUUGCCGGAUUCCUCCUCGGAGACAAAUCCCUUGGUGAUGUACCUCUGGAACGGAGGAAAGAGGAGUCUGAAAGCCGGAAUAUGCUCCCUAAACAAGCCUGUUGUUGCGAUACAACCGGGGUACAGGGAAGCGAACGUGAUGCCGGUUUCUUCGUGGAAACGGCGGUGGAAUUCUUGCAUCAUGAGCAUGUUGCAGACCUUGCUGUCUUUGUACGCCUUUGCACCAUCAAAAUCUCCUCCAUCAAUCAUGGCAGAGCUGUUGAGUCCGUUCAAUCCACCGGCUAGACCUCUCAUGUCUCCCAAGUUAGCUUUUGGAGGUACGUUUCCAGCCAAUGUGUUUGUGUUUCCUGUAAUGUGAUCACAUUUCAUUUUAGGAGUAAACACACACACACACACACUCUCUCUCUCACGGAUUUCUUACUCUUAUUACAAAAAAUCGACUUUAUAGGAGGUCAAAGAUGUCUUGUUUGGUUGGUUUUCCAUCAA